AAUAAAACUCAUCACUGCAUUAACCCAAGAUUUUGUGCUGUUCGUGUUCAAUAGUGGUAGUGGUAUAACAAAGUAGUGGAACAAUUUGUGUAAUUAUUACCUUCCUUUCGAACGCACGACCAACGAUGGUCGAAUAUUAAUACGAAUCUGAAUUCUUCUUCACUUUAAAUAACCGGUCACCAAUCAACAUCGUCAACGGAUAGAAUCCCUUCUACGUAUCGUAACGUCCGACAUCGACAAGUGGCUAAACCUGCAAAGAAAAACAAUACGGACACAAGUGCAUUGUGGUACGCUCACAACACUUCCACAGCCAGUCCGAGCGGUCAGUGCGAUUCACUCCGUAAUCUAGACCUCUGAUCAAUUAAUCUGAUCAGAACAGAGGUCAACAAAGCUGUUAGAGGAAUUCUGCCAACGCACGCUAACCAGAACGGUUCAGUCUGGAGUUAUCAGGAAGCUGCGGACGCGGUACACGACGGCCAGUGCCAGAGGGCCCCAACGUGAAAGCUAACUGGGGACGCCACUGCACUCCGUUCGACCCUGCGCUCCUCUGCAUACCGACGGGUAUGGGCGUAUUCGUCACAACCGGUCGCAGCAAGCUUCCGUGCCGAUAGACAACAACGAAUGUCCGACGAACAUCAACCGGAACAUUACUUUCAGAACGAAUAUUUCCUUUACGAAAACAAAUAAGAUUAUAGUAUAGUCUUAACUAGUACAAAGAAGAGAUAAAACCCAUCACACAAAGGAAGACCACAAACUUGCCGUAAACUCACGCGUGUCAUAUAAACCGUGAAGCAUUUUGGGUUACCUUUUACAAAGCCUAAUUCCACCUCAUUCCCUGCUGCGGAUGUAGAUCAGAGCAGAUCUAAAGUUCUGUGUUCUCCACGGAAGCUAGAAACUUAAAUUUUCAACGAAAUCCCUUGUGAUCUUGUGGAAUCUACGGAUAAUUUGGAGUUUCCAAGGACAACGCCACAUCUAGUGUGUAGCGGCUACCUUCGGACGAGAUCCUGCACCAAACGAACUUCCUGUCAUACACAUUUCCUUGGAGAACAAAUCAUUUCAACAACACCAUCUUUACAUUAUUGUGCUAGUGCCAUCCUUCAGCAAUUUGGAAAUUCCCAUUAUACAGCGUUUGGGCACUGGCAUUUGCUAUACCGAAGAGAUCAAAACCAUGAAGCCGAAGGAUAAAAUGAAUUCCGAAAUAGCCGAAUCAGUUGCAGGGCCAAACACUCAACAAGACAGUGUCAUCGCGUUUGAUACAAUGGACGUAAUGCUCUUGGACAGUCAAAGCACCGGUCCAGUCGGUUCCCACAUCGGCAGUCAACGAUCGAGUUUCUCCAGCGCAGGAACCGUAAUAGCCCCGCAGUCGCUAGCGGCAAUUCCGCUUGAUACGGGACACGCUUUCCGAGAUGAUCUCGGGCAUGGGCUACAAAUCGAUACACGUGGGGCCACAGAAUUCUACCGCGUCGAUGACGAUAGCUAUAGACCGUUUACGAUUUACGGAGGAAGUGGUGAUGGCAAGGGUAAAAUUGCCACCCUACCUGCAUCCACAACGGGGUCGCUGAGCUCGAUAAUAACGACAUCGAUUGCAUCUUCCGAGCCGGACCGGGGCGAUCACCGUAGUGGCGGUGGUGGCGGUACCGGCUGCUCCGGAAGUCUGGCCGAUGAAGUCAGUGAAGGUGGACCUCUUGAGCAGAAGUGCGUUGUUGGAGGCGGUGGUAUUGCGGGGGUAAAUGUAGCCGGUACGGAUGAUGGAUCUGCCGGAGAUGGUGGAGCAGGUCGAGAGCAUGGUGCCGGCAUACGGCAAGAAAAGUGGUGGUAUAUGACACUUCAAAUCGCCAUACCAUUUUUCAUUGCUGGUGUAGGCACCAUUGGAGCAGGAAUCAUCCUAGGUCAUGUCGAGAACUGGAAAGUAUUUGUCCAUGUGUCGGAGUUAUUCAUUUUGGUGCCAUCGCUACUAGGACUGAAGGGUAACCUGGACAUGUGUCUGGCAUCACGUCUCUCAACACAAGCCAACCUCGGUAAUAUGUCGGGAAGGCGAGAAAUCUUUCACAUGAUCCUCGGCAACAUAGCAUUAGUGCAAGUUCAGGCAACCGUUGCUUCAUUCAUCGUCUCUAUGUUUGCUGUCGCUGUCGGAGCAAUUAUCAAUGGGACUAUAAUCUUCGAUCACGUAAUGUUGCUGACAGCCUCGGCCAUGUUCACUGCCACCAGCUCCUGCUUUGUGCUAGACUUCGUCCUAGUGGCUGUGAUCCUUGUUUCAAGCCGAACAACAAUGAAUCCCGAUAACCUAGCAACACCACUAGCAGCGUCGAUUGGAGACGUGGUAUCCAUAUCGUUGCUGGCCGGAAUGAGUACUCUAUUGUUUGAAAAUAUUGAUACACACCUGUGGGUUACGUUUGUUAUGGUGGCCGUUUAUGUGUUUUUGCUACCAUUUUGGAUGCUCCUCGUUUAUCGUAACAAAUAUACACGAUCCGUACUUUCAACGGGAUGGGUUCCCGUGCUGUCUGCGCUAUUCAUUAGCGGAAUGGGUGGUCUGGUUCUGGACAAAGCCGUCGGUAUAUUCAACGGGUUUGUUGUGUUCCAGCCAAUUAUUAACGGUAUCGGAGGUAACCUUGUAUCAGUACAGGCAAGCAAGAUAUCUACUAUGCUUCACCAGAGCUCCAUUAUCGGAAUAAUACCACCGCACGCAAAGAUUUUUGAAUUGCCCUGGAAAGCUCUUUUUCAUGGAGUUCCUUAUGCUAGAACCGCACGAAUACUCAUUGCGAUGUCAAUUCCUGGCCAAGUGUUGUUUAUUUUUGUAGCAGAUUACAUCCACAUGUCUAGCUCUACCAUUGGCGUUCCUUUUGUUCUUUCCUAUUUAUUCGUCAGCACUCUACAGGUUAUGCUGCUGCUAUACAUUGCUCAUGUGAUUAUCCACUUGAUGUGGAAAUGGAAGAUCGAUCCAGACAACUCGGCAAUUCCUUACCUGACUGCACUGGGUGACUUGUUUGGUUCAAGUUUCCUGAUGCUGGCCUUCCUAUUCCUCCGUUCAAUAGGUCACCCGUACGGUGAAUCGUCAAGCGAAACUGUCGAUGGAUUUGGACUACUAUCUACGCCUGAGAUGACUACCAUUAGCGGAGGUACAUUGACAGAUCUAAUACAUGAUGGCAGUGGCACAUAGGUGCUGGUCACUGCUUUUCAGCCACCUAGUUUGUGCUCUGCUAGCAGUGCUACAAAAUGGUCAAUGUAUUACUACUACCAAUUAACAAUUACAACCAUACAAUAGAGAGCAUGAAAUCGUUGGUACCAUUACAUGCAUUAUUUAAUUCCAAUUAUAGUAGUUUAGUUACAUAUGUAAUCAGACGCGUGUCGAAUAGGAAGAACUAGAACGCUUUGAGCGAUAUGAUUAAUAGGCAUUUGCAAUUCAUAUGUAUAUAUCUAUAAUUUCUUCAAUUCAAAAUCCCCAUUAAGGGUCAAUUAUUUUCACCCAAAAAAAUUAUUAAAAAGACUACAAACGGCCAAACACAUUUCACCUGUUAUGUAAUAGGGUUUUAUAUGAAAAUAAUUGUAUUGCAAUUGACAGGGUUGAAGAAAAGGUAACACGUUUAACGAAAUAGGCAGCCAAUGUGAAUAUUAUUACAUAUUAGUCGGAAUACAUAUUAGUAUAUCAGUAUAGCACACAGUCCAUAGAAGACAAUAUUAAUGAAUUAGAUGGCUUUUUAUACUUUUCUUUGUUUUUGUAAGCGCAGUUCUAAAAAAGUACAUUUGUGGUUUAUUUGUGGUCGUUUUGUAUUCACAAUCGGUUUACUUGAAAUCUGAUAUGCCACAUUACUCAUACCAACGCAUUGAGAGAUCACAAACUAUGGUUGACAUAGUUAACCAAUCUUCAUUAUAUUUCACUACAUUUAACGCCUUUUAAACCUUAGUCAUUAACCCAUUAGGAGAUUAUUUCAAUUUCCUAUAUUGAGAUAAACAUUUAAUUGAACUCAAGUAGACGUAAAUCCAUUGCAGAGGACAAUGUGAGCACUAUGCAUGUGACACUGAAAGACUAGCUAUUUUGCUUUUGUGGAUGCCACUAUUGGUAUACAAUUGUCUGGAAGAAUGAAAUCCUGUUGACUAACUAACCUAUGUACAAUAAACCUAACAGCUACCACACGACAGUUUCAGCUUUCCGCAUAGGUUUCGUCAAAAUUAGCUUUUGUUUUUACUUAAUAUCCAUUGCAUCUCUGCUAGCUAACUUUAUUUAUAUUAAAGAAAAUUAAAACCUUGAAACGUUUUUGAAGGCAUUUUCUUCCUUGUAACGAUGAGUGAUAAAGACGCCCAUUUUAAAAUAUUCUAAACUUUUUCCGCUUAAACGCUAAUUAACGAAUCCAUAUUGAUAUAAUUAAUCAAAAAGUUCAUCUAUUAAGUACACUCAUUUCAUUUGACUUUUAAUGAGUAACAUUACAUAUAGAGCUGUACAAUUUAACCCAUUGGUCAAGAUAUAUGUUCAUUCUACUACAAUUAUUCCAAUCCAUUCAUUGCCACAACCAAUCUUUUCGUCCACUUACAGGCACAACAGUAGCGUAGAAAUGACGUACCAAAGAGCACAACCAUUACAAAGUUUUUACGAAUGCAGGAAUUGGGUAGUAAUAUGUAGAUCGAUGAAGUUACACUACAUGAUCCGUUAAGGUCGAACAACGAGACGAACCAAUAACGAAGAGGUGAGGCAGAAAAAAGUGCUAGCUUUAUUAAACAUAACAAAAUUCGGUUUUGAAUUAUUUUUGUUAUUGUAAUUAUUUUAAAGGAAUUAUCAAAUUAUUUGUUUUUGCAAAAACCAUUAUUCUGUACGAUGAGAAAAGUAGUGAGUGCACAAUAUGAAUCAUAUGGAGAGUCAGUGCACUUUACUUCAAUCAUAAAAAAGUGCCUAAGGAAACGGGCGUUUGUAAGCUCACUGUGAAAGAGGAACGCUGCUGUUCAAAAUAAAGAAUGAAGUAAGCAAAAGCCAUACAUGUAAAGUGAAGGUUUAAAGCGUAUUGGAAUAAAUAACUAGGUUGAAACCCGCACGAUUUGUACUGACUCUCCUAAAUUGUUAUGUUCAAUUUGUUGCUCGAACAUGGUACGAUUUAUUCGGCCAUACAAUCCUGUGGUACCGCGCAUUUGCGGUACCGUAUAUAGUUUGGAUAAUGACUGGAAGUAAACGAAUGAUUGUCAAUGGUAUGACAACUGUAAAGAAACCCGGCAGCAAAACAGUCGUAACAGUUGAACAAAUAACGUCAAUCUAUAAUAUAGGAUUUAUCUGUGACAAUAACGUUAAUAACCCAGUAACAGAAAACAGCUUGUGUGAAACAGUAAGGCAGAAUGUAUCCUUGCAGUAGAUAAAACUUUGAAGAUUUUUUUUUAUCAAACCAGAAAAAUGAUUUUUGUUAGUAAAAUUAUUCAUCAUUUUCAUAUGACUGUAACGUAAGCGAAACAACCGCGUAUCAGCUGAUAUGCUGAAAAAACUGGAGGGAAUAUUAACAAUGGUAUGAAAUAAAAUCUGAAAUGAUUUGGAAAGUUUCAGGACAUAAUGUAUCUGUGUAGUAGGACGUAUUUAUAAAAUUUUACGACGGAAAACUAGGUUUGAGUAUCUGUUAGAUCCUUAGUUCUACUAUUUUUUCUGCAUUCAUUUUUCUUCUAAUUCACUUUCACGAAUUGGCAUUACUAUAAAAUGACAGUUACAACUGGAAUAAGCAAUAGUGCACUUGAGAAGGAAUAAAUAGUUGAAAAGAACAGUCGAGUCAAAUCGAAGGCAAAUAUAUUGUGAUAAGGGGAAGAUAUUGGUUCCAUCAAGCAUUUCUUCGAUGAAAUGUAUGUCGAGCGAUAAUGCAGCUAACUAGAGUAUUAAAGGCUCGUCAAAGUAACAUAAACUGUCUCAAUAGAGCUGUAAAACACAAUUUAAUAAAAAAAAACAGCGAGACAAAGCGUAAGAUUGAAACGCAAAAACAUAAUUCCUCUAUAGAUGCCUGUAGAAGUCCA